AUGAUUCGUCAGAUUUUUCGUCCCAUUUUAAGUAAGAUUUCACCUUUUUGUGCGAAUUUCAAGAUACGAUUCAGCGAGUUCGAGAAGGUUUUCCGACGUGAAACCGAAGAAAACGGCGAAAGAAAAGGCGAUGGCUGACAAGACUCCGAAGGGAACGCUCGACAAAACGGAAGAGCAGCAGUUCGAGGAUCCUCAUCUGUUGAAGCACCCGGGCGGAGUGAACAAGGCGACGGGAGAGGUCGGCGGACCGGCGGGACCAGAACCCACCAGAUACGGAGACUGGGAGCGCAAGGGAAGAGUCUCCGACUUCUGA